AUGAUAGUCGAUGAGUUGAGAAACGAUGAUAGAUCUAAGACGCAAAAUAUAGGUUCAAAGCCCGAUGUGGAAGUGGUUUAUAAUUUGUCACAGGAGUAUUUGAAACAUGCUUAUAAAAUAUCCAAAAACGUAGGGAAUGAAGCGCACCUGAAGCAGUAUUAUUCGCUAAUAUCAAUGUCUCUCAAAUGUUUUCAAUACAUGAAGGAAAACUACCAAUUAUCCAUUGAGCAAGAUUACAAAAUAACAAUUGAAUUGGUAAAUAUUUUGAUAAAUGAAACUUUUAAUCUUGAAUUAGCGGAAAGCUAUUUAUCAUCCUUAAAAGAAAGAUUACAAAAUCAUCAAGUAGGUGUAUUGAAAGAAAAAAUGAUCUGUGAUUAUUAUAUCCUUUAUCAACUAUCUAAGAAGCAUAACACAGAAUAUUAUUAUAAAAUCGCGUCCCGUAAUUGUUCACAACUUGUUACGUAUUUGGAGACAUUAACAACUACAAAUGACGUUAUUGAAACAUGGUUACCCAUCUUUAGAUACAUUGAUGUAUGGUUAGAUAUUAAAGCAAAUAAGAAAAAUAUGGUGAUAUCAAAAUAUAAUGACAUUAUUCAAGAAAAUAUAAAAAACUGUAAAUCUGAAAGAUUUGAAGCAUUUAUCCUUUUAUCGUUUACAAAUUAUCUAUUAGGUGAAAAUCAUGUUAUCCCUAAGACUGUAACAAAUAGGUUAGAUGAAUUAGAUUGGUCAAAAAUUGGAAUUAAAUAUCAUGGUUGGAAAUUAGUCACUGAUUUAAUACGGAAUAUAUACAAAGAUGAAAACAUAACUGAGACAUUGAACGAGUUUAAAGAAUAUUUCAGUAAAAUUAAAAAAAUAUCAAAGAUAAUCCAAAAAGGCACUGAUCAUAGUUUAUCAAAUAGUAAUAUUUAUUUCAAAAACGGAUUCUACUUGGAAGUAUCAUUUGGAGUCAUCUUCGAUGAAGAAGAAUUAAAAAAUAUUCUAUUGCUAUUCCAAAGUGUAAGCUAUUUAGUUAAUUGUUAUGAUAAGAGGGCAAAUUUUUCUACUAAAUUCUUACCAAAAGUAAAAGAAACCACGAAAAAUCUAUUAUUAUCAACAAUUAAUAACGAAAGUACUUUAAAUGACGAUAAUGAAACUCAUUCAUUAAAUUAUACCGAUACAAAAAUAGAUUGGUACAAAUCAAUACUUCAGGUAACUGGUUUUUACCAGUCAUUGGAGUCGAUAAUUUUACUUGGUUCCACUAAUAUCACUGCUAAUAUCACCGACAUUGAAGGAAGUAUAACAAAAUUAGAUGUCCAAUAUCCACAUUUAUUGCAAGCAAUCAAUACACAAGCUAUAUAUGGUAAACAAUUAACCGCCGUCGAGGAAUUCUUCACCAUUAUUAAUUCAAAGAGCAUAUCUCCAGAAUUGAAAAUGAUUUCAUUGUUAAAUUCGUAUUCAAUUUGUUUGUAUUCAAAAUUUUCAGGUGCCGUUGUUCAAAAUUCUCAUGGUGAUUUAUGGGACUACAAUAAAAUUUGGAACCAAAUUGAGAAAGAAAUGGAAACAACUAACCUAUCUGAAAAUUCAAUUUGGGAUUGUACAAUUACUAUUUUAUGGAUAAUAAACCAUUUUGAACAAUUUACUUCAAAUCUUCUUCCUUCAACUGAUUCAGAAAAAAACAGUUACCUUGAAAAAUUAAGAAUAUAUUAUGAAUCAAAUAAACUAGGAAAUUCUUCUUCGAAACAUAUUGAGAAAUGGAAAUCAGAAGGCAAAUACGUAAAGUUAAAAAAAAGUUUGUUAUUGCAGCUAUUAUUAAACUAUUUAGGUGCCAUUCUGUUUGAACAUGAUUUAGAAGUAAUGUUAAAAAUAUCAGGGAUAUGUUUUCAUAUAUCUAAGGAGCAGGAACUCCCAAACAUUAGAUAUGUGCUCGGUCUUUGGCAUUUAAGAAACUGUACAGCUGCGAUGGAUUCUAAAAGUGCAACAAUUACGAAAGUAAAGUUAGAAAGCAUAGUUAGAGUUAUAAAUGAAAAAUCAGGAGAAACCAUUUAG